AUGCUUGGUUUGGUUUCAGCACUUCUUGUUAUAGCUCAGGGAGAACCAGGUGUUAUACCAGUUUUUAAUCCUACAUCUUCCCGUGGCAGUACCACCACACCAACCAUAACUCAACCAUCACCGCCAACAGGUGGUGGCUAUCCACCACUUGAUGGUACUACACCAACAAGUGGUGGUGGUGGUGGUGGCAGUGGCGAGUGGUGUAUAGCAAAAGCAAAUGCUUCACCAACAUCAUUACGGGUGGCUUUGGAUUACGCAUGUGGGUAUGGAGGAGCGGAUUGUGGCCAGAUCCAACAAGGUGCAAGCUGUUACGAGCCAAACACUAUUCGUGACCAUGCUUCCUUUGCUUUCAAUAGUUAUUACCAGAAGCAUCCUGGUUCAGACAGGUGCAACUUUGGAGGUGCAGCACAACUUACCAGCACAGAUCCAAGUAAAGGAAGCUGUCGCUUCUCAGCAUCAUCAGGAACAGUUAGCACAAGCCCGCCAAGUACACCAGAUUUUAACUCCCCACCUUCUACUUCUACUACGUUCCCACCGCCAAUAACAACUUCAACUACAGGCAUACCAGGUUCUGGACCACCUUACGGCUUGGUAGAGCCAACAGGGCUUCCGAGUUCAGCAACUCAUGCGUCACAUAGCUUCCUCUCACUACUUACAUCAAUUGGGAUACUAGUACCACUGCUCAGGGGAAGUUAUCUUUGAACAGACAAGAGUUUGGAUCAUCCUCUGCAAAUUACAGGCGUGUGUUUUAUAUAUACCAUCACGAUAUUAUGGAGGACAAGAAAUCAGCCUUGAUCAACAAGAAUAUUUUUAAUCCAGGACCUUCAUAUGUUCUAUUUUGCUAUAGUUCAUAAUGGGGAGUAUAUUUAUUUAUUCGGAGAUAUUACAAAAUCAAAGGGCUUAGAUUAUGCACAUGAUUGUAGACACAUU